AGUUAAAAAAGUAAAGUAAACUGUGAAGGCACAUUUUUUAUGGUGAGAACCAUGGAGGUAAGAAUAGAGGGAGACGCCGUGACGUCACAGCUGCGAAGCUAUGUGAAGCCGAGGGUAGCCAUCUCAGUCCAACCAAAACAUUGCUGCUGUAGCUUGUGUGCAUAGUCUUGUCGCUCGCGUUUGGAAGGAUUUUGCGCUAUUAUGGUGACUUGUGUGGUGUUCGGGUGUACGAAUCGUUCUGAUUGUGAUGCGAAAUCGAAGGGAAUAACAUUUCAUGUAUUUCCUAAAAAUGAAAGUCGGAAAGCUCUGUGGGAGAAUGCCGUGAGGAGGAAGAAUUGGCGUGCGUCUAAAUGGAGCACUAUAUGUUCUCAGCAUUUCCGAGAAGAGGACAUAGAUCUAACUUCCCUUUCAACAUUAAGGGUCCGAGAAAAUGCUGUACCAUCAGUUUUCCCUACACACCCAAAACAUUUGCGAAAGGGAGACAAGAAGAGAAAGCCACCAUUGCGGAAGGAGAGCUCUUCCUUUCCAUCUUCAGUUUUGGCUACCGUCAGCAGAGUGCAGGAUGAAGAAGUUCCUGCUCUUGUUCCUGAGUAUACUGCAGGACCACCAGAACAUAGUCAGACAUCCUUUGAAAGUGAGGAACUGAAGACGAAGUGUGAACACCUCAUAAGAAAAACUGAUCAGUACAAAAAACAAAUUAAAACUCUUCAGCAGUCUAAGCGACGACUUAAGAAGAAAGUGGCUAACACUUCGGAACGGUGGCAGUUACUAUGCACGGAAAAUAGUGCAGCGACAACUAACGACGACCACGAUUACUUUGCUACUGGAAUUUAUCUCUCUGAAGUGGCAGUCCAUAUUGUAGUAUAUAUAGCUGGAUUUGUGGUGCGUCACUUAGAGAAAACAUUGAGAGGGGAUGGUAGCCAUGUUGCUUAUUCUCUCAUUCAUAGAAAGAGUAGGGGAUGGUUGGUUUUACCAUCGAAUGAUGUUGUUGACAUCUGUGUGUGUGUGCAGAAAAAGUGUUCAGGUGCUAUACUACAGGUAAUUCUAAAGUUCCUUUGAAAAAUCAGUUUUCCAAAUGUGUGUCUGAGGUGCUUAGUGAAAUCAUAUUCAAGCCAGUGUUGUAAGGAAUUAGCAGACCACAUGAAAAAUCAGCAUCCCUUGGACAAUCAUAUGAUACUGCUGAUUAAAGCAAUUGCCACACGAUACCUCCUGACACGGCAAAAACAUGCAGCCAAGAGAACAAGUGAUGCAUUGCAUGAAAAUAAAAUCAGGACAACCUAUACAAAACUGGUACUCUUUAAAGAUCAGUAACUGAUAUUUGUACACAGAGGUCUAGUGUGUGAGGCAUCUUGUAUAAAGCACUCAUUAUAUUGAGGCAAACUGGGAAUGUAACCUUAUUGUAAUUAAUAAAUGAUGCACAUUCUUCCUUUUCUGUUAUGUCUAUGUUGUUAUAACCAGCUACAAAAUGUUUGUGAUGUGUGUAUCUUAAAACUAUUAGUACUAGCAUAUUCAGGAUAUCUAUGAAAAUUUGUUCCUGGUGUGUGAUGGAGUCAGACAAUUAUAAUUUUAUGUGUGUGUGUAAUACCUUCCAAAUAUAUCUUCCUCAAACCAAAAUUUGGAACUACAUUAUAUGUAGAGUGUUUCCAAGUGAUUAAUACUCCACCAUACCAGUAUGCAGUACUAGUUCUGCAAUAGCUUGUGAUCUGUGUGCUUCCAAAUGGGACAUACAUUUCUUUUUGAAAUAUUUAGCCAUUGUUUGGCAGAGUAUGCUGUAGUAUGUUCUAGCCAGUGUUGUUAAUUAAGUUUCCACGAGUGACAACAUGUUAAUGACAAAUAGAAUUGUCUCAUUUUUGGCACAUUGAAAUACAUUCCCAUCAUUGUGUGGUAUGUUAUGGUUUUUGCUUGUGUGUCAUUACAAAUUAUAUUUUUUUGUGAUCUAGUCCAACAGUGGUUUACCCUCAAAAAAUGAGAGAUAGUGUUCGCAGGUGAGCAUUAUUGGUUUUUCACUACUUCAUUGGGCACUAAAUUUUCUAGCAGUCUCUCCCCUAAUCCAUUGAAAUGUAACCCAUGUGUUGUACAGAAACUACAGCCCACAACAUUUAUAUCUGUACUAAGACAUAUUUUAUAAAUGAUUGCAUAUUUUCUUAUGUUUGUUUGCUUGACUACUUUCCUGGCUUAUGCAAGACCACUGUGAUAAAUCAUAUGUGGAACGGUAAAUAGUAUUACAUUUGUAUCAGUCAGGAGACUGAGACAUUUCUUUCAUUCUCAACAAGUAAUGAUGUGGACUUUGUUACGAUUUCAUAUAAUAUUUUUUUUUACAUAGAACUGUGUUAUUUUUAAAUUCCACAAUCUUGUGAAAAAGGCAGUUAACUGGAAAGUCACAUUGUAAUAAUUUUUCUGUAUACCUGUAACAAGCAAUUCAACAAAGUGGAUAACAACAGAUCAAGAAAAGUUUUUUUGCUGGAAUAAAAUUCUGAAUAUAGUACCUAA